GGGAAGUGAGCAGCCGGGUAUGGCUGGGCUGGUGCAGUACGUGGUGCUCCGGAAGGAUCUGCAGGCCGGACUCGGGUGGCCCCUGGGGGCCCUGGUGACUCAGGCCUGUCAUGCUGCCACCGCCGCCAUCCACCUGCACUAUGAUCACCCCCAGACCCGGGAGUACCUGCACGAGCUGGACACCAUGCACAAGGUGGUGCUGGAGGUCCCGGACGAGGUGACGCUCAGCGGAUUGGCGGAGACGUUGAGGCAGGCGAACAUCGAUCACAAAGUGUGGAUGGAGCAGCCGGAGAACAUCCCCACCUGCAUCGCCUUGAGGCCGUACCGCAAGGAGGAAGUCCACGGCUACCUGAAGAAGUUCAAGCUGCUGAAGUGA